AUGAAGAAAGAAAUGUAUUCUACUCAAGGUAUUCAACGAUUCAAUUAUCAUUUCAUUUAUUAUCAUCUAUUCAUAUUACUUAUUCUUAUUUAUUCUAUAGAUCAAAUUCAUGGACAAUAUGAUUUCAAUAAAUGGAGAAAUAAUCAAGAUGAUAUAUCAUAUAUACCAUUGAAUAAAAUGACUUUGAAUUCAUUAUUCAAUCAUAAUAAUAAUCAUAAUCAUAAUAAUAAUAAUAAUGAUAUAAGAAAAAUUAUUAAAACUAGAGCAGUUGAAAUUGUUCCACCAGAAAGACCAUUUAUAUUUGAAACACCUGAAGCUCUUAGAACUUAUUUACAUAAAUUAAAUGAAUAUUUUGCUAUUAUAGGUCGUCCUAGAUUUGGUCGAAGAUGA